AUGCCCACAGCAGAUGCAACAUCAGCACCAGCAGCAACAGCUGCACAACCUUCCAGUGCCUCAGGUUUGGCAAGACUAGCCAGCCGUCCCAUAGCAGCUGCAGCUGUUGAAAGUACAAGUGCACCAGGUGCUCCAACGUCCACAGCAGAUCCAACAUCAGCACCAGCAGCAACAGCUGCACAACCUUCCAGUGCCUCAGGUUUGGCAACAAUAGCCAGAGGCCCCAUAGCGGCUGCAGCUGUUGAAAGUGCAACGGUGUCAGAGCCGGCAGCACAAGACGGCACUACAAUGAGCACUCCGCCACAAGGUGAAGCUGCAGCAGAUGCAGCUGCACCCGCUGCCCCACCAACUGGAAGUGCAACUGAAGCGGUGGCAGCAGAGGAGGCAGCCACAAAAGACACACCUGCCCCUGUAUCCAUUGAAAGCCCAGAUGCAGCUGCAGCAACAGCGUCACAGCCAGCAGCACAAGACGGCACUACAAUGAGCACUCUACCAAAAGGUGAAGCUGCAGCAGAAGCAGCUGCACCUGCUGCCCCAACACCAACUGGAAGUGCAACUGAAGUGGCGGCAGCAGAGGAGGCAGCCACAAAAGACACAUCUGGUGUCCCAGCAGCCACUGAAAGCCCAGAUGCAGCAGCAGUGUCAGCGCCAUCAGCACAAGAUGGCACUACAACCAGCACUCCGCCACAAGAUGCAGCUGGACACGCUGCCCCAACACCAACUGGAAGUGCAACUGAAGCGGUGGCGGCAAAGGAGGCAGCCACAAAAGACACACCUGGUGUCCCAGCAGCCACUGAAAGCCCAGAUGCAGCAGCAGUGUCAGAGUCAUCAGCACAAGAUGGCACUACAACGAGCACUCCGCCACAAGGUGAAGCUGGAGCAGAUGCAGCUGCACCCGCUGCCCCACCACCAACUGGAAGUGCAACUGAAGCGGUGGCAGCAGAGAAGGCAGCCACAAAAGACACACCUGGUGCCCCAGCAGCCACUGAAAGCCCAGAUGCAGCAGCAGUGUCAGAGCCAUCAGCACAAGAUGGCACUACAAUGAGCACUCCGCCACAAGGUGAAGCUGCAGCAGAUGCAGCUGCACCCGCUGCCCCACCACCAACUGGAAGUGCAACUGAAGCGGUGGCAGCAGAGGAGGCAGCCACAAAAGACACACCUGCCCCUGUAGCCAUUGAAAGCCCAGAUGCAGCUGCAGCAACAGCGUCACAGCCAGCAGCACAAGACGGCACUACAAUGAGCACUCUACCAAAAGGUGAAGCUGCAGCAGACGCAGCUGCACCUGCUGCCCCAACACCAACUGGAAGUGCAACUGAAGUGGCGGCAGCAGAGGAGGCAGCCACAAAAGACACAUCUGGUGUCCCAGCAGCCACUGAAAGCCCAGAUGCAGCAGCAGUGUCAGCGCCAUCAGCACAAGAUGGCACUACAACCAGCACUCCGCCACAAGGUGAAGCUGCAGCAGAUGCAGCUGCACCCGCUGCGGUGGCAGCAGAGGAGGCAGCCACAAAAGACACACCUGGUGCCCCAGUAGCCACUGAAAGCCCAGAUGCAGCUGCAGCAACAGCGUCAAAGCCAGCAGCACAAGAUGGCAUUGAAACAAGCACUCUGCUACAAGGUGAAGCUGCAGCAAAUGCAGCUGCAGCGGCCGCCCCAACACCAACUGGAAGUGCAACUGAAGCGGUGGCAGCAGAGGAGGCAGCCACAAAAGACACACCUGCCCCAGCAGCCACUGAAAGCCCAGAUGCAGCAGUAGUGUCAGAGUCAGCAGGACAAGAUGGUACUGAAACAAGCACUCCGCCACAAGGUGAAGCUGCAGCAGAGUCAGCUGGACCCGCUGCCCCAACACCAACUGGAAGUGCAACUGAAGUGGCGGCAGCAGAGGAGGCAGCCACAAAAGACAAACCUGGUGCCCCAGCAGCCGCUGAAAGCCCAGAUACAGCUGCAGCAGCAGUGUCAGAGCCAUCAGCACAAGAUGGCACUACAACGAGCACUCCGCCACAAGGUGAAGCUGCAGCAGAUGCAGCUGGACACGCUGCCCCAACACCAACUGGAAGUGCAACUGAAGCGGUGGCGGCAAAGGAGGCAGCCACAAAAGACACACCUGGUGCCCCAGCAGCCACUGAAAGCCCAGAUGCAGCAGCAGUGUCAGAGCCAGCAGCACAAGAUGGCAUUGAAACAAGCACUCUGCCACCAGGUGAAGCUACAGCAGGUGCAGCUGCACCCGCCGCUCCACCACCACCUGGAAGUGCAACUGAAGCGGUGGCAGCAGAGGAGGCAGCCACAAAAGACACACCUAGUGCCCCAGCAGCGACUGAAGGCCCAGCACAAGACGGCACUACAAUGAGCACUCUGCCACACGGUGAAGCUGCAGCAGAUGCAGCUGCACUUGCUGCCCCACCACCAACUGGAAGUGCAACUGAAGCGGUGGCAGCAGAGGAGGCAGCCACAAAAGACACAACUGGUGCCCCAGCAGCCGCUGAAAGCCCAGAUACAGCUGCAGCAGCAGUGUCAGAGCCAGCAGCACAAGACGGCACUACAAUGAGCACUCCGCCACAAGGUGAAGCUGGAGCAGAUGCAGCUGCACCCGCUGCCCCACCACCAACUGGAAGUGCAACUGAAGCGGUGGCAGCAGAGAAGGCAGCCACAAAAGACACACCUGGUGCCCCAGCAGCCACUGAAAGCCCAGAUGCAGCAGCAGUGUCAGAGCCAUCAGCACAAGAUGGCACUACAAUGAGCACUCCGCCACAAGGUGAAGCUGCAGCAGAUGCAGCUGCACCCGCUGCCCCACCACCAACUGGAAGUGCAACUGAAGCGGUGGCAGCAGAGGAGGCAGCCACAAAACACACACCUGGUGCCCCAGCAGCCGCUGAAAGCCCAGAUGCAGCAGCAGUGUCAGAGCCAUCAGCACAAGAUGGUACUACAAUGAGCACUCCGCCACAAGGUGAAGCUGCAGCAGAUGCAGCUGCACCCGCUGGCCCAACACCAACUGGAAGUGUAACUCAAGCAGCGGAAGCAGAGGAGGCAGCCAAAACCAAAGAAUCACCAGCAGCUACUGUUGCAGCCGCAGCAGAGGAGAAAAGCAAGAAGGAAGCAGCUACUCCUAAAGACACGCCAGCAGCUACAACUGCAGCCGCAGCAGAGGAGAAAAGAAGUGCUGCUCCCAAAGAAGAAGCGAAGAAAUCAGCCACCGACAAGGCGACCAAGGCCAAUGAGCCAAAAGGGCAAAGUGCAGAGGGAGAGUCAAAGCCAAGAAGGCUCCGCGCCUUGGGCCUACAAGCGGCCUUGGGCUUGGACCCAAAAACACAACAAACCACCGCCGAGGCCGAGGAAGCUCCGAAGAAAGGUCGAUUGCAGAAACUGGGUCUGUCAACCCUGGUGGAGCCUGAAGAACCGAAAGUUCAGAAGGAAGGCGAAGGACCCAGCGAAGCGGCGAAAAUGGCUGAGGAGGUGCCCCAAAAACGGCGACGCAAGUUGCAAGACUUGGGCUUGGCAGAUGCUUUGGAGGACACCAUGACGAUGACGGAGGAAGACAAGGAAAUGGCGGAGCUGGCCAAAGCGGCCGAAGCCAAAGCCGAAGUCAGCGAGGCUCCAGCGGUGCGAGUGGAUGAGCUGCUGGAUCUCCUUGAGGCCCCAGCAGACGAUUCCAGCGAUGACUUCGAUGAGGUCGGUUUGCCCCCUGCGGUGCUAGCCAUGCCGCUGGGCACCAUCGAUGGCGACGAACUCCGACUCUAUCUGGCGGAUCUGGCACCCACUAAGGCAGAGAUUGAUGGUGCUGUGGAAGCAGCAGCUGAUGGAGCAGCGAUAGCAACACCCGAGGCAGCGGCCUCCUGCCACCGUGCCCCGCCUGCCCCGCCUGCGGCGCCACCGCCAAGUGUGACGCCGUCGGUUUCGACGUCGCAGCAGACGAGAGCAGCUCCGGUCGGCAGGUCGCUUCCCUCCCAGUCCACCUCCGCGGGACCCACGGGGCGGUUCAAGGCCGUCGAGGCCUGGGCGGCGGAGGAUGAACCCGAGCUGAAGAGUGACGGCCGCAGGGCCAGGGCCAGGAGCCCCGGGAGCCCUUUCAGGAGCCUUCCCCGGGAUGACGUCUCCCCAGAGGAGCCAGAGGUCUCGACAGUGGAGGAGACCUAUCAACCUGCAUGGAAGCGGAAGAACUUGGAGAAGGAACUGGAGGAAAUUUCAGCCAUUGAGGCAACAGCCAUUGCCAUCCGACAAGGGCUUCAGGAUCUGCAAGAAGAGAAGGACACCUGUGACGUCGACGCAGACGCCGCGGCGCUGAUGCUGGAGCUCAGAGGCGGACGAAGCACGAAAACUGCAGCCAGGCGCAGUUCGAGUGUGGAUCAUGAAGCCAUGGCCCUUCUGGCAGAACUUCAAGCCGUGAAGGAGUCCGGCCGAUCACAGGUCAAUGAAGGCUCAGAAGCAGCGCAGUCAGACAGGCCAUGGCACUUAGAAGUGAUGAAGAUGAGGAAGACGCUGAACGCGUUUAACGACGCGAAGGACACGUGACGGUGGCUCUGCCAAGCCUGAAAACAAGAAGGCAGGGGUUCUGCUGUGGAUCGAGCUGAUGAAGCGGCCAUCGCAAGCCCCGAGGACAAUGAAAGACUGGGUCUCGAUGCGGAACACUUGCUGCACCAGACACAGGUGGAGAAGACUUGGGCAUUGGGAGCAUGAAGAAGUUGGGGAACCUGACCAAGGACAA